UCUCCCCUCUGGACUCUUGAUUUUGCCUAAAUUCCCCUGAUUUUCAGUUUAUCAAGUUCCCCUAAUUUCCCUCCCUUUCCACUCACCCUUUUUCUUCGAAACUCUUAUAAACCUCUAGGAAAGUUAAAGUCUUUGUUGUGGGGUUCGUUUUGUAUUCGGUUUGAUUCGCUUCGCUUCAGAAUCUGGCUUUGUUUCUUUGGUUUCGGCUCAAAUUGUUCUCUUUUUCCUUCAAAUUCUUGGAUGUCUGGUAAGGCUUCAAAUUCUGCUAUUUCUCUAAGACUUUGAUUCUUCUUUGUUUGUACGAGUAGAAAAUUAAGUCCACUUCUAGGGUUUCUUGGAAUAAGCUGCCUUUCUUUGUUCAUAUUUACUUGUUUCCUGAGAAAAUAUAGACUGAAUGAUGUUCUUGGGUUUUAUGAGUAAUUAGUUGGGGAUUAUUGGCAUGAAAGAAAAGAUAGUGUGAGAAUUUUGAGGGGAGUAAAAAAAAACCUGUUAAAUUUGAUAUGAGUUUUUGAACAUGAACAAUGGAGGUGUGGAGAGUACAAAAGAUAUGAGGAAGGGUGAAGACGUACCUGGCUCUUCGUUGGGAAUACCAAAAGCUGAUGAUUUUGGGAGAUCGGUUUCAAAGAUUGCCGUGGCGCAGAUUUGCGAGAGUGUUGGUUACCAGGGAUAUAAAGAGUCUGCUUUGGAGGCCCUUGCAGAUAUCUCGAUUCGGUAUCUCUGUGACUUGGGGAAAAAUGCAAGUUUUCAUGCUAAUUUAGCUGGUAGGACAGAAUGCAAUGUGUUUGACAUAAGGCUGGCUUUAGAAGAUUUGGGAGAUUCACAUGGGUUUCCAGGUGCUUCGGAGAUUGGUAAUUGUCUUGUAGGCUCUGGCAUAGUUAAGGAAAUAGUUCAGUUUGUGGACACGAAAGAGGAAAUCCCAUUUGCUCAGCCGGUGCCCAGGUUUCCAGUUGUUAGGAGCGGGAAGCUGAUUCCUAGUUUCGAGCAUAUGAAUGAAACCCCACCUGGAAAGCAUAUCCCAAGUUGGUUGCCGGCUUUCCCUGAUCCCCACACUUAUAAUCAUACACCUAUGUGGAAUGAGAGGGCAUCGGAUCCUUGUGCUGAUAAGAUCGAGCAAGCACGGCAGCGGAGAAAGGCUGAGAGAGCUUUGCUGAGGUUGCAACAGAGACUGGUGUGUAAUGGCUCUACCGGAACUUGUGCUUCCUCGGUUUUGGAUGCUAAAACGGAAAACAUACAGGAAGCUGGAAGUAACCCCUUUCUCUCUGCCCCACUGCAACAGGGAGAGAAAGAUGUUUCAGAGGUUGUUUUGCCAGCUAAGCUUUCCAAUGAAGUGAGCAAGGGCGAUCAUAUUUCUUUGCUGGAUGCAUUUGUUCCUGCCAUUGAUGCAAUGAAAACUGGCCCAUCCGACAGAUUAGAUGGUGAAAAGACGUUCCUGCCUGAAAAAAGGCCUAGCGUUCAAUUCAAAUUCAAAACUGGUAAGAAAAUCUUGGGUGAGUCACUAGAUUUGAGCUUGCAGAGAAAGGGUGAGAGGAGCUCAACAUUCCUUUUGCCCGAUGACGAGAGGGACGAUAAGAAAAAGAGAGCUGAGUUUAUACUUAGACAGACUACAGAGUAUCCCAUGGAACUUAACCAGUCUUGAAGUGUAUUUUAGGUAGUUCUUUCUCGAAAUCUCGAACUUUUUUUUUCUGGUAAGCAAACAUUUUAGUGAGGUGUUGUAGCGUUAUCCUUGGAUCAUGUUGACAUGGAUUGUAAUCACACUGUUGGGAGACUCACUCUAACAGAUUUUAGGGGGUAUGAAAGCUACUGUUUUGACAUCA